AUGUCUUUCUUGGGUUUCGGCGGUCAACCACAACUAUCCUCUCAACAAAAAAUCUCUGCAGCUGAGGCUGAAUUGGAUUUGGUCACAGACAUGUUCAACAAGUUGGUGGACAACUGUCACAAGAAAUGUAUCCAGCUAUCAUACAGCGAAGGUGAACUGAACAAAUCUGAAUCUACCUGUAUUGACAGAUGUGUCGCCAAAUACUUUGAAACAAAUGUCAAAGUUGGUGAAAACAUGCAAGCUCUCGGCAAUUCUUUCCAACCUGGUGGUAGAGUUUGA